GAAAUCUUCGGAAUACAACUCUGCACCGUAUUAGCUACGCUACCGGUUUUCUAUUCGUUGCCCCUCCUGAAAGUACGCAUUCUUCCCAUUUUCGUCUCUCUUAUCCACUACUUAGGUCGCCAUGGCUUCUGUUGGUCAAGUCGUGACGGAGAAUUGUCUCGAAUUCAUAGCACAGCAGUUGGUGUUCUCGAACGGCGAAUCGCGUCUUGAAUAUUGUAAACUAUUCAGGGUAAGUAAGAAUAGGAUAGCAAUCGACAUUCUUCGCUUUAUUGUGCCUUUGGCAACGUGUUAGUACCACUCUUGUUGAAUAUGCCUUUAGACACAUGCAGCAUAGGGGAGGAACGAGGGUAGAGAGGUAGACGCUCUCUCGCGACUCUUCCAGGAUCGCAAUAUCACAUCUGGUGAACAAAAGAAAAUUCCAAAACGGACAUGGCCUUCGAAAUGAUCAAGUAGUGAAAAGGAUGUAUUUCUGCCGGUCUAGCCGUUUGCUAUACCAGGGAGCUGUUGAAUGCCUAGUGAUGUUUCCACCGCCUGCUUCGGAAUGGCCGAGUCCACGGGAGCUUUCUUGCGAGGAUUGAUAUGCUUUUUGAAUUGAUCAGUACGAGUCUUGUAGUUCUUCAUCAUUAAUCUGCUCAUUCUUAUUUCGGUUGUUUGUCCACACCUGCAACUGUUUGUGGCUUUUCGUUUUUUUUGUCUGACAACCCGUGUUGAAUUUCAACAAAAACCCAUUCACUUUGUAUCCAUCGAUGCUAGGAAUUGCAUAGUCGAGAGUCUACUCUGAAGAAUUUGUCGUACGGAAAGCUUCACAAUCUCUCCAAAAUUUCAGAAUUUGUCGAGUUGAUGGAGGGCGCAAGAGCGGACGACCAGGAACCAUGUCUUAGUGAGCAGGGCUCGCCUCACAACACCAAACCGUUUUACAAAUGGAAACCAUUCGAUUGGAAAGCAUUUCGAGGCCGUCUUACCAGAAUCCAAAUGAGCAUGCUGCGCGAAGAUGCUAAUGCCACCGUCGAUGACAUAUAUCGUCACAACGGUGAUCGUAACAAUAGUGAAAAUCCGUCCAUCGACGAGGCCCGAUCCGUAAGUAUCCCAUCGCUCAACACAGUAGUCUGGACAUCCGCCGGUAGGCAUGAUCGCAAUAGCAGCACAAAAGCAAGCUCCAAUCGCCUUAUACUUGUAGCGGAUGUUUCUCACCCCAUUUAUAUCCAUUGUAAACUACACAUAUUUGAAAAUCGACGACACCCCUUCUAGCAAAGUAAAUGGUACUCUGACAAUUUAUAUAGAGUGGUUGACCUUUUGACGCUCCAGGAAAAACUUGCUCCCUUUCGCGAAAAUUUAGAGAGCAUGAGCUGGUAUUUUAAUGACGAGGCUAGUGAGCCUUUGCCCCUUCCAAAUGAUCUUGUGGUGGAAUAUAUGUACGUACUCCUCCAUCGUGCGAAAGAAUAUCUAAUAUCUACUUUGUUUCCCGACACAUUAUAUUUGUUAAGUUCUCACGAGAAAAAUCCCAUCAUAUUGCAUCACAUUCUUUGUAGGGAAACACUCGACAAUCUACAGUGUAGGAAUGAAGCUCUAACCAAGGACUUCCAAAAGGUAUUUCGCAUUUUUUUGAAAAGCGAUGGAACCGAUACCUUUCGUUCCCCCGCUACCAUUAGAGGUCUUUUGGACGAUCACACCAAAGCGUACUCGUUCACACUUUUGCGAAAUCGAGUCGACAAGCUCAUCCGCCGCUGGGUUUCGGACGUAUUCCAACCAGUGACGAUAGUAGGAAGGGCCAAUCCGGAAGCAGCCGUCGAAGAAAGCCAAACCGAUGCGCUUCAACGACUCCAGCGUUCCAGAGCUCGUUUAAGGGAACGCGUGGAAGAUCCUAUGAGCGAAACAGUGGCGGCUGCGACUCUUGCACAGCUGAACAAAGAAGGAAAACACCCAAGCCCUAUGCCUUCUGGAGACGAGCCACAAGACGACGAACACAGCGAGAAGGAAAACGAUAGAACAGAACGCAGCCCCUCCAACACUACAGCAGUCAAAAAGUACAAACGGCGACGUGGAAUGUCCCCUAUCACGAAGGGAAGAAUGCUAGAUAAAAAGAGAUCGGCAACGCGCCUCGAUUUCACACAAAGUGACGAUGAGGAAAUCGAAGAUCCAGAAGUACAGGAUGAGGUUCUUCCUGACGUAAGACGUCCCAUUCAAGUGAGAACUUCGCCUGGUACCCCAUCUAAGAAGAAGAGGAGCCAAGAAAAAUCGUAUCAAGGGAGAAGAGUCUGGUCAGACAUCGAAAAGCAGGCAGUCAAAGAUGGUAUCAUUCGUUUUGGAGUUGGCAUGUGGGCAAGGAUUAAGAAUGACAAAGGCGUCAUCCUGAGAGAUAGAACCAGCGGACAAAUCAAGGUAAGCUUUGAAUCUCUCUAAUUUUUCUGGACAAAAAGUUAAGGAAGGUUGAGACCCCGGAACCUUGCCUAGAUUGUUCGUUGUUUCGAGAACUCAUCCGCAUUUCUUCAUCUUAAUACCAGGAUUGCUAUCGUACAAUGAAAAGAAGGGGGGAAUUGGAUAACAUAGAAGAAGCAUGGCCCGAACGAAAGAAACUAACUGAGGAGGAAAAAGAAGAGGGAAAAGAGCAGGAAAAGGUGGACGAGAAGGGUGAACAAGAAGACAAAUAAGGUUUUAUUGAUUUUCUUUCAGCAAUUCGAUUUCAAUUGUCCACACGGUAUUCAUGUCGAUGUCACUGUCCUUUACCAAUCAAUUUUUAUGCUUUAGUCAGUUUGAAUCUACUAAACAUUAAUUCGUUUUCAAAACAAUCUAUGCGUUAUGCACUGCAUGUACCAUGAACACAGCAGGCCUUGUAUAUUAUCACGAAUGCAUUUAAGAUCCCCGGCGAUACUUUCCUGUCUUUUGUCUGCUAGCCCACUUGCAAAAUUUUGAAAUGCGUUCGUCUUCUAACAACUUCUCUACGGUGUUGUAAUGGAGAGCCAACUCCAUGUUGUUGUGCGUCGCAUGUACGGUUGUGUGACACUGCCGGCAGAUAUCGCAAGUAUCGUGAAGUAUUGCCCGUACAACGGCCUUGUCACUAGACAAGACAAAUCGAUAACCGCUUUGGGUACCCUCUAGAAGAUCUAACAAGCCCGGACCGAGAAUGAGCAGUGCCUUCUCCCUGUCACCUUUUUCGUUCGCUUCGGCAGCGUGCAAAAGUUUCGUUUGCAUUCUCGGCCAAGUCGACUUUGGAAUCAAGUGGUGCUUUGUGAGAUUGAUGUAUCUGUCGCAUAGUUCGCAUUCCCCGUCGACCAAGUAGCCCAACCCGUCGUCUUCGUUAUUGUUCUCCUGUGAUUGUGUUGAUUCUUCCUCAUCGCUGUCGUCAGUUUGCUCGCCCUCGUCGUCAGCAUUUGUGGUCUUAUUUUUCAAUUGUUGAAUUAUAUUCUUGGCUUCAUCUUUCUCAAUGCCCAGAUUGUCUACCAAGUUCUCAACAACGUCAUCCCGUUUCGUCCAGAAAGCACAACUGGUGCAUUGGUUAGCAUUGGUCUCGGCAUCAUCACCGUCCAAUUCCAAAACUAUUUCGGCGAUCACCUCCGCCUCUUCUACGGAAGAACAUGCGUGAUUAAGCACAAGUAUGUCCGCCAACUGCAAACAUAAUGACAUUGCAAAAUUGCUGGUGCAGUACUAUCACCUAACCCUCUUCUACUCAUAAAUCACUCCGCAAUCC